CGUUUCUUUCUCCCGCAGUCGGUCAAUAGCUCUUCCCUUUCCACUUCCUCCAAAUUCGCCGACGACAAUGGCGAUUGCCGCCGCCAUAUCGCUGCCGCUGAUCGCCGUCAAACACCGCUCCUAUUGUUCAUCAGCGUCUUCAGCUCUUUGGUUUUCCUCUUCGUCAAUUCAUCCGCUUAAGAAUCUGCCGUCUGUCGGCAUCUCAGCUGGCCGCAAAUCUAAUCUCUGCGUCUUCUCUUCGAUGAGCACCCAGGCUCCUGCGAAGGCCUCCGCGGCGUCGUUUCUCGAUCACAAGGAGAGCGGAAUCCUUCAUUUCGUCAAGUACCACGGACUCGGAAAUGACUUCAUAUUGGUUGAUAAUCGAGAUUCCAAGGAACCAAAAAUCACGCCCGAGCAAGCUGUGAAAUUGUGUGAUAGAAACUUUGGCAUUGGCGCUGAUGGAGUGAUAUUUGCAUUGCCAGGCAUUAAUGGCACUGAUUAUACGAUGAGGAUCUUCAAUUCUGAUGGUAGUGAGCCUGAGAUGUGUGGUAAUGGAGUCCGAUGCUUUGCCAGAUUCAUAGCUGAGCUUGAAAAUUUCCAAGGGAAUAAAAGCUUCAAUGUGCAUACUGGUGCUGGUCUCAUUGUACCUGAGAUACAGGAAGACGGAAAGGUUAGAGUUGAUAUGGGCCAGCCAAUUCUGAAGGCUUCAGAUGUUCCUACAAAGUUAACUGCAAACAAAGAUCAGGCUGCUGUUAAGGCAAAGUUGGAUGUCGAUGGGUCGAUCUGGAAUGUUACUUGUGUUAGCAUGGGAAAUCCACACUGUGUUACUUUUGGUACAGAAUCAUGCAAUGAUUUGCAAGUUGAUGAACUAAACUUGGCUGAAAUCGGUCCAAAAUUUGAACAUCACGCGAUGUUCCCUGCCCGAACAAACACAGAAUUUGUACAAGUCUUCUCUCGAAGUCACCUUAAAAUGCGCGUCUGGGAACGUGGUGCAGGCGCAACGCUAGCCUGUGGAACAGGAGCAUGUGCAGUCGUUGUUGCUGCAGUUCUGGAGGGUCGUGCAGAUAGGAGCUGCACUGUUGAUUUGCCUGGAGGGCCACUCGACAUCGAGUGGAGAGAGAGCGAUAAUCACAUCUACAUGACGGGUCCUGCAGAGUUAGUAUUCUAUGGAUCGGUUCCCCUUUGAUGGGUCGGUGUCCAUUAGCAUUCGACAUAUCACGUGCUCGAUGCUUUGAGAAUGAAUGGUAUGUGUGCCAACUUUAUCAUAAUUCUGCAUAUUUGCUGUUCUUCAUCUUUGUGGAUGAUUAAUUCCAGAAAUGUGAGUUAGAGCGCCUCUGUAUCAUUUGAUAAACUAGUCUUUUUAAAUUUUUCUUGAAAUGGAAAAUACCAUUAGUUUGUUUGUGUUUUA